AUGCUGCUGUCACUGGGGCUCCUCUGGGCUGCCCUGUCCUUAGGAAGAUGCUUCCCCCUGCAGCAGGCGUCCAAACACAACAAACUCCUCCUGGUGUCCUUCGAUGGCUUUCGGUGGAACUACGACCAGGACGUGGACACCCCCAACCUGGACACGAUGGCUGCAGAUGGGGUGAAGGCCAAGUACAUGACUCCUUCCUUCAUCACCCUCACCAGCCCGUGCCACUUCACACUGCUGACCGGGCGGUACAUAGAGAACCACGGCGUGAUCCAUAACAUGUGGUUCGACACCAAAACAGGCGUGAAACUGCCCUACUACACCACACAGGGCAUCAGCAGCUGGUGGGACAACGGCAGCCUCCCCAUCUGGAUCACUGCCCAGCAACAGGGUUUGAAGACAGGCUCCAUCCACUUCCCUGGAACCAAAGCUAAAUACCAAGGGAAAGAAGUGUACAAGAAGUUGGUGGAACCUGCAUUGUUCAACUACAGCAACGAGACCAACUGGAGGCAGAGCAUCGACACCGUCAUGGAAUGGUUCACAGCAGACAACCUCGACUUCAUCACGCUCUACUUCGGGGAGCCAGACUCCUCAGGACACAAGUUUGGCCCCGAAUCCACACAGAGGAAAGCCAUGAUCAAGCAGGUGGACAGAACCGUGGGUUACCUGAGGCAGCGCAUCCGGGCAAGCGGCCUGGAAAAAACGCUCAACCUCAUCAUCACGUCUGACCACGGCAUGGAGACCGUGAUAAAAACCAACGAGAUUCACAUCCGCAACAUCAGCAACUUCUCCUUCAAAGACAUCGACUUUGAACUCUUAGAUUAUGGACCAAAUGGACUCCUAGUGCCAAAAGAAGGGAAAUUGGAGCAUGUGUACUCAGUCCUGAAAAAUGCCCACCCAAACCUGCACGUGUACAAGAAAGAAGAGUUCCCAAAGAGAUUCCACUAUGCCAACCAUUCCCGGAUCACCCCACUUCUGCUGUACGGCGACCCAGGCUACGUGAUCCAUGGGAGGUACAAGGUGCAGUUCAAUAAGGGAGAGCACGGCUUCGACAACGACGCCAUGAACAUGAAAACCAUUUUCCGUGCCGUGGGACCAGACUUCAGGAAGGGGCUGGUGGUGGAGCCCUUCGAAAGUGUCAAUGUCUACGCGCUCCUGUGCGAGCUGCUGGGCAUCACCCCUGAGCCCCACGACGGCUCCCUGAACGUCACCAAGCCCAUGCUGCGAGACCCGACUGACCCGAUUGAACCGACUGAACCUACGAAACCUGGGGGCAAUGGUUCCGGUUCUCUCCAUCCCGCCAAGGAGCUGCCGCUGAUGCUGGGACUCGCCCUGGUUCUGGGAUGCUGGGGAGGAGUUUUCUAACCCCCACCAGUGCAAAUUUGUCCAGAGAACCACCAGCACCAGUAACUCCGGCUCCAAUUCCCGGCACUUCCAGACGAUUCCUCCAGGCUGCAGAGACUGAACCAAGCACCAGCAGCGUCGGUUCUCCUGUCCUGGCAGCCCCCAAACUCCAGGCAACUCUACCAGAACACAUGGCAAGGUGGGGAAGGACAUGGCUCACAAAAACAACCAGAGUCAGGCUCAGGGAACUGGACAAAAUUCCUAAAACCUCUCUAAAUCACUGAGUCACUGCGCUCCAGCACGGCUGAGUCCCCGGCGGGGGAGACGCCUGUCCCAGGCUUUGGGGUGACACCAGGAUGCAUUGCUGUGGAAGGCGGCACUGAUGUCCAGCCCGACAUGAUCACCCCGUGUUUGCAUCACCCCAAACGUGGGAGGCACAACAGCUCCCGGGUGGGUUUGGAGACAGCUGAUACAUAUUGAGUAUCCAACUUAAUUAAAUGAAAACUUUGUUCAGAGCGCGCUGGGAGCCUCCCCUGAAAGGCGCCAGGCCCCAGCCAGGGUGGACUGGCUCACCCUGGACCUGCCCAGGUCUCAGAGAGACCCCAUUUGUCUGUGCUGGCCACAGUGUGGGGCUGGCCACAGCACCCCCAGCCCAGAAGCCUCGAUGUGUCCCAAAGUCAAUCAGCACUUCCAGCUCCUGUCCCAAGAGCCCCAGGUGCCCUCAGCAGGGUCCUGCUUGUCUUUCUGUGCUUGGUGGCUGUGGACAGAACUGGGAAAUGCCCCCUGUGCACCCCUGAGCAGCAAACCUGCAGCUCCAUGGCGGAGCUGCUGAGACCUGCCCCAGCUGCAGCUCCUGGCAGCUCUGGGAGGGGCACUGAUGUGUUUUGGAGAGACGGGGAAUGUGGCAGUGCCAGGGCCAGGACCCCCCAGCUCACAGCAAA